GUCUCGCUCGGACCCUAAAAGCAUGCAUGCAUGCAUGCAUUUCAAUUCAUCUCGUUCUAUUGUAUGAAUAUAAGAAAUGCAAUUUAUGCUUCCCUUAUUCGUCUCUCUCAAUCUCUUUCUUCCCUCUCUUCCUCUUCCAUUCUUCUGUUGCCUUUUGGCUGUAUAUUGUUUGCUAAUGACAUUUCAACAGGUAUCAUGGACACCAUCGACUCUGUUCAACCUCCAGAGCGAUACAAGAUUGUUGUUUUGGAUGCAAAAACAAACAAGAUUGUCCUCAGUGCAUGCAAGAUGUUCGACAUUAUGGACCGGAAUGUCACAUUGGUUGAGAUGCUGGAGAGCAACCGUCAGGCAUAUACUUCGCUCGAAGCUUUGUAUCUACUGACGCCUUGCAUGGAGUCUGUCCAACGCCUUAUGGACGACUAUCCUAUAGAUAGUCCAACAGGCAAAUAUAAAGCUGCUCAUGUCCUCUUCACAGCUCCUCUUGAGGACAGAUUAUUUGAUCGCCUUACAAAAUCAUCAGUCUCAAAAUACAUCAAGUCGCUCAAGGAGUUGUUUAUUGACUUUACAGCUAUUGAAUCGCGAGUAUUUUCAUUUGAGUCACCAUCCAGUUUCUAUACAUUAUACUCUCCAUCAAAAAAACUGGAUCUACCGGCUGAACUGGAUGCAAUUUCAAAACAACUCGUUUCAGUAAUUGCAACAUUUGGCGACUUUCCAUCUAUCAGAUACUUUCGCCCCCCAGAAACUUUAGACGGGAGGAGAACCCAAUCUAUGAAGUUGGCAAUGCUGCUUCAAACCGAGCUUGAAGCUUACGUCAGAUCCAACCCAGAAAUGGCAGGAAAGUCACAAGGCCAAGGGACGCUGCUAAUCCUGGAUAGAUCAAUUGAUCCAAUUGCAGCUAUUGUACAUGAAUUCACAUAUCAAGCAAUGGCUAAUGAUCUUUUGCCGAUUGAGGAUGGCACAAAAUACACAUACGAGAUCGAGAACGCAGCAGGCGACAUGGAAUCAGUGUCAGUUGUGAUUGAUGAAUCGGAUGAAGUCUUCAUGGAUAUCCGUCACGCACACAUUGUGGAAACAGCCAGCACAUUGACUGCAAAAUUCAACAAAUUUGUGGAAGAGAACGAGGCCCUAAGGGGUGAUAAAGAUAAAGUGGCGAGCCUCAGAAAUAUGAAGGAUCAACUUGCCAAUCUCCCAAAGUAUCAAGAUAUGAAGGCCAAGUACUCUACUCAUAUUCAUAUGGCAAAGGAAUGUAUGAAGAUCUUUGAAAAGUUCAAGAUCAACGAACUUGGACUCGUGGAACAACAACUUGCCACAGGAGAGACUGUAGAUGGCCACUUGCCAAAGCAGGUUCUUGCAGAAAUGGUACCGUUCCUGGAUGACCCUCAAGUCAGCACCAUGGAUAAAAUCCGGUUGCUGAUGUUGUACAUGAUUUGUCGCGAAGGUCUGCGCGCAGAGGAUCGCGAGCUGCUGUUUGAACAUGCCAAGAUCUCGGAAGGAAAUGCAGAAGCUAUUCAGAAUCUAGGAUUGCUUGGCGUUAAUGUAGAAAGAGGUGGCUCAAAACCAAGGACAAAAAGGAAGCCAUUCUAUCCUCGAAAAAGAGCAGAGGACGAGGAACAGCCUUAUGACCUGUCACGAUAUAUUACAAAGUUAAAAAGGGUUGUGGAGGAUCAUAUCAAUGGUUCUUUAGACCCCACCCUUUUUCCAUAUACCACAGAGGCGCCUACAGAUUCAAGCGAGGCUAGUAGAUCACUCCGCAAGACACCUCAGCCAGCAUGGGAAACAAGGAAGCCAAACGUGAAAGGAUCACGUCUCUUAGUUUUCGUUGCAGGAGGAGUAACUUACUCUGAGAUCCGUGCCAUGUAUGAGCUCUGUCAAUCAAUGGGACGUGACAUCAUCAUCGGUUCGACUCAUAUAAUCACACCAAGGCAAUUUAUUUAUAACCUUCGAUACUUGGCCAGAGGGCCACCAAAGCCCACACUACCCAUCAUUCCACCGUACAAAGCCCCAGCACCUCCGGCCUCGGCAUUGGCACACGGCCACUCACCCCAACGACCAGGGCCAGGACCUUCCUCUCAGCCACCUAGAUCAGGACCCACUCCUCCAAACUCAGCUCCAGGUCGACCAGGACCAGGACCACCACCGUCAUCUUCACCUCAUCGACCCAUCACACCGGAUCACAGAUCCGGCGGCGGACAAGCUCCUGGCGGUAUGAGGACCAUUCAGAAGGAUGCCUCUGGCCGCUUCGUUGCCCCGCCUACUCCUCAUGCAGUCCCACCGCCUCGAUCCCCUGCGCCUCCGCCCAUGCAAGCUCAAGCUGCUGAGCCAUCUGCUGAAAAGAAGAAGGGACGCAUGUUUGGUUUUAUCUAA